AUGUGUGAAUCCGUCUCGCAAAAAUCUAUCCCAAUAACUACAACAAGUCAAGCAAUCUUUGAUAAUGACUUCCUUGCUUUGAAACAACGGUUUAUCAGUGAGAUGCAGAGGAUGGAUCAAGAGAUAACUAGAUUUAGUACAAACCUCAUGAAUCUCUACGAGUACGCUCCAUCUGAACGCUGUAGUCUAAUGGACUCUACGAGUAUGUCAGUCAAAACGGACCCGGCCAGCCAAUGGGAAGUGAUCACCAAUUCCCCUCUGGUAGAGGGUGAGGAUGAAAAUAAAACCCUUAAAUUACAAUUCGAUCUCAGUCAAUUUGAACCUACAGAGGUAAAGGUUUCUAUAAUGAACGACAUCCUCUUAGUGCAAGCAUCACAUGAAGAGAGAACACCUGACUGCACUAUCUUUAGGGAAUACGCCAGGGAGGUGCAACUUCCAAAGGGUCUUGAUCCAGACGUCAUAGCCUCAUUUCUCUCAAGAGACGGAGUCUUGACAGUGCAAGCGCCUCUACAAAUUCCAGUCAAAGUUCUUGAGGACCGAGCCUCAAUUAAAAACAAGUAUAACAAUAACAGCCAGUCCAGUUUAGCUUAA